CUACGGUUCUCGUACGACGAGAGCGAGUUGAAGGGGCAUCUCUUCCCGUCGCCGUUUCAGCCACGAUCUCACCGUCGCUGACGCUGCCAUAAAGGCGUCGAAACGAUCAGCCCUGAUGGAAGUCCUCGUACGGGUGUCCCUAGGAUAGCAAGCAUGGAUGUCGCGUGUGGACUUGGGGGCUCCUUUAGGGUUUUAGCUUCACUCAGUAACUCCCUCCGGUGAAUUCAACACAAAGGCUUCGGUAAAUUACUGCGCCAUAGCUCAAUUUACUCUUCGGGUUCAUUUAAUUAAUGCUGGAGUGUGGCUAGAGUGUGGAAAAAACGCUUCUUUGGAAUUAAAUCACGAAGCUUUAGUGAUUGACAAUGUUACGUUUGAGAUGAUGCGUACUGGGACAAGCUUCAUUGCAAUUCUCUUCUUUUUGGGAGAAAGAAUACCUUUGGUUGUUUGUCGGAAGAUAGGUGACUGAGAGAGUAUUCCUUGUUUGUUUUUUUUUUUAAAUCGUGGUAUCUAAUAUUGGCAUUCUUCAUAACCAUCUGAGAAGAUAAUGAUGGCUAUUGGGUGAUGAACCUCGGCUAUGGCCAGAUGUUGUUGUGUUGAUCUUGGAUAUUUUUUUGAUAUGCAAUCCAUUGGUGGAGAUUGGUGAUCCUUCCUGGAAACUUGAAUCAUGUAUCUCAGAGAGGGUCGCUCCUUGUUGUUGAAGGUUCGAAAUCCGGUGAUGCCAGUGGUCCUCAAUAUGGAUUUGGUCCCUGAUGGUAAGCGAGAAAAGGUUUCAAAUGUUUCUGAAGUGAAAGAGACUGAUGUACUGAAGAGUUUACAUUCGGAGAGGAAUGUUGCGGUUGCACUAGAUUAUUUCAGAUCUGUAGCUGUAUCAAGAGGCUUUAGGCACACACGGCUCACAUACCAAAUUAUGAUUGAGAAACUAGGGAGGGAAAGUCAGAUGGAUUCUGUUCAAUACCUCCUGCAACAAAUGAAGCUGCAAUGUCUACCCUGCUCCGAGGACAUACUUGUCAGCGUCAUAAGCUCAUAUGCUCGAAUUGGAUCUGCAGAUCAAGCUUUAAAAACAUUCUAUCGCAUUCAAGAUCUCGGUUGCAGGCCGACUGUGAGAAUCUAUAAUCAUCUUUUGGAUUCAUUGCUCAAAGAUAACAGGUUUAGUAUGAUAAAUCCUAUUUACAGUAACAUGAAGAAAGAGGGAAUAGAGCCCAAUGUGUUCACAUACAACAUUCUUCUCAAAGCUUUAUGCCAAAAUGAUCGAGUAGAUGUUGCAUACAAACUUCUUAUUGAGAUGGCAAAUAAGGGACAUUCUCCAGAUUCUGUGAGUUAUACAACAAUAGUUUCUUCCCUUUGCAAGUCUGGGAAGUUAAAUGAGGCUAAGGUGCUGGUUACUUGUUCAACCCCAUGUGUACCUACUUAUAAUGCUCUCAUAAAUGGCAUGUGCGAAGAACUUAGAAUGAAAGAGGCACUAUGUUUUGUAGAUGAUAUGAUAGCUAGAGGAUUAUUCCCUAAUGUAAUUACCUACACAACAAUUCUUAAUGCAUUUUGUAAGGUUAGAGAAAUGAGGUUGUCCCUCGCUAUUUUGGCUCAAAUGCUGGUUAAAGGAUGUGCGCCUAAUAUCCUUACUUUCACAUCUUUGAUAAAAGGUUUUUUUGAAGAGCACAAUAUAUCUGAAGCUCUCGAUGUUUGGGAUAGGAUGAUUCGGGACAGAUGCAUGCCCAAUGUUGUUGCAUACAAUGUCCUUGUUCAUGGUGUUUGCUCUACUGGUAAUCUGAAAAGUGCUUUAUCUGUCUUUGAUGAGAUGAUUCAAAAUGAUUUUCCUCCUAAUAUUAGAACUUAUGGUUCUCUUAUUGAUGGCUUCUCGAAGCAAGGAGACCUAGAAGGUGCAAUGUCAACAUGGAACAAGAUGAUGGACAGCGGUUGCAAGCCUAAUGUCCUCGUGUAUACUUACAUGGUGGAGGCAUUUUGCAAGAACUCCAUGUUUGAUCAUGCAAUAAAUCUUAUCCAGAACAUGAUGUUAGAGGAUUGUCCUCCCAAUACAGUGACAUACAACACAUUGAUUAAGCAUCUAUGUGACAGUGGAAGAGUGGGUUGGGCCAUGAGUAUAAUUGAUGAUAUGAAAAUACAAAGGUGUCAACCAAACACCAGAACCUACAAUCAGUUGCUUGAUGGCCUUUGCAGAGAAGGAAACUUCAAAGAAGCUUUUACACUUGUGAAUGAUAUGUUAGUGAAUGGGAUUGAGCUAACUUUGGUUACCUAUAACACCAUAAUACAUGGCAUCACUCAGGCAGGUAUGAUCGAGGAAGCUUUACUACUUACUGGAAAGAUGAUAGUUCAGGGUGUACAACCUGAUUCACUCACUAUUAAUGGAAUAAUUCAUGCUUUCUGUGAGGAAGGCAAAGUUACAAAUGCUGCUCGACUAUUAGGUCUAAUGAACACAGAAAAUUGUUAUAGGGAUGUCUUUUCAUACACUAGACUGAUUUCUGGUCUUUGCAAUCAGCAGAAUUUAGAAGAAUCAAUGGUAUAUCUUCUGAAGAUGUUGAGUGAAGGAAUUUUCCCAAAUGUUGCUACAUGGAACGUGCUAGUGCGCAGCAUUUCCAUGAAUAUGGAUUACUCUAGUUCAAUUCAAUUAGUGAAUCAUAUCCUGAAUUAAGGUGAUAGUGAUAGAGCAUGGAUGGUAUAUUCUUUGUUAACAAUCAUCAACAACGAGUUGGAUUCUGAAUAUUUCUAGCCCACUUUAUAAUCAGCAGAAUUUUCAGUUUGCUUCCUAUCCUUCGGCGGCAGUUGCUUUUGCCAUGAGCUGAUACAUUUUUGGGUGACACAAGGUUGAAUUAUAGUCUGUCAAAGCCUACAAUUCACAUAAUACAUGAGUUAGCAGAGACAAUGGUAUAAGAACCUUGAUGAGCAUCUUGCUAUUUGAUUAGUUUUGGGUAACAAUAAAUCUUGCUUCUUUUUUAGAAGUAAAUAUCCCUGCUACAACUACUUGCAUUAGCCAUUGACUGAUGGUGAGGUACCUUAUCUGUUCAGUAGAUAAAAGGUUUUAAAUUUAAGCCUCUUGUGUCAAAAAUUUAUCCUUGGCAUGCUUUAACAUGCCAAUAUGAGCUUCUGACCAACUGAUAAUUAUUAUUUGAUUUAAUUGAUCUAUGGCUCUAUGUCUUCACUUAUAGUAUCCAUGUUUUGUGGUAGAUGCUUGCUUUGUAUCUCAAGAGGUUUUCUAGCAGAAUUCCCACAAUAAUAACUGGAGAAGUCAUCCAUCAAAAUCCUAGAGGAAGACAUCUCCAAAGUGAAAUUUCUUGGGGGACAUACAAAUGCCAGUAUUAUUGAGGAUAACUACAGGAACUUCUCGAUGCUCUAACUUUGUAUGAAAUGUAUCUUUACUGAAGUUGAUAAUCGGUGCUAAAUGAUUUUACAGAUUAUGGCACUUAUCCAUGUGAAGUAGAUAAUAAAAUGUUGCUACAUGGUCCCACUUACAUCAGAAGUAUGUUGUUAAUUUCUACUUAACAUUAUAUGCUAUUAACCUAUUGCAGCCUUUUCUUAUCUUUAAAGCCUUAAAAAAUGUUCAAAAAUGUUAACUGUACUUCGUUUCAGCUGUAAAAUUUACAAAACCUUCAAGAAGAUAUGAAGUCCAUCAACUAAAUAAAUUCCUAGAGUUUCAUUGAAGUAUUGCUUGAGUUAUCAUAGAUGAAAUAAAACAUGGACAAUGAUCUUGCAGAUUCAUCGAACAUGAUGAGCAUUUUCAGUUAUUUUUAUAUAGUCUAGGUGACUUUUGAGUUUUGAUUGAUAUCACUUAUUUUAAAAUAUAAUUUAUUUGAUUCUAGUAGUUGAAACUGCAAAAGGAAUUAAGGAGGUAAACUCGAUAUGUCGCCUCAUCUUGGUUACAAUUUCACUUCACUUGCAUUCCUGGCUUUAUAUUUCCUUUUAAUGUAUUAUAUGGAGUAUCUAUGAAUGUUCAUGCUAACAGUUACAUAAUAGCUCGUCUUUUGUAGAUCCUGUAAUCUUUUCCCCUAAAUGGUACAAGAUUCAUGUCAGGUUGGUUCAUUACUAAUGGAGUAAUAAUACAGUUAGAUCUGUCUAUUUUUGUUAUUCUCCUUAAUUGCUUUGAACGUGAUGUUGGAUUGGCUACUAGAUGCUUGGCUUAAUAAGUGAUAAGUAAAUUUAGGCAGACAGCAUGCUCUAGGGCACUUAUCAUUUCUCAGCAACUUGUAGGUGCUACGUCAAUUAUAAAGUAUUGUGGUAGUAUGUCAUUUUUUUGUUUUCUUCCAAACAAUAUUGGUUAUAGUUAGGUUGAGUAUUCUGCAAGUUUUCAAGGAAGCUUAGCAUGCUGUCUUUUUAAAAUGCUUAAUUUUGAAUAUCACUAAUCAUGUUUUUCACCUCAACAACCUAAACAUUUGUUAUUGAUUUUUAGUGUUCAAUAAAAUAUUCUCAUUUCAUCUGAUAAACAUUUAUUUCACAUGAUAAGUUUACUUGAUUGUAAGAUUUAUGUAAACUUUGGCAUGUAUGAAUUCUCCAGCAAAGGCAUUAUUAAUUUGGAUACAAACUCUUGGAAUUAGAUUGUCCAUAGUUCAGAUAGCAGAAUUUAGGCUUAAGUUCCUACCCUAUUAUGCAUAUGUUCAUUUCUCAUCUCUUUGUUGGCCCUGAUUGACAUUUCAUGCUAUGAUUCCCAUAUCAACUAAGAAGAAUAACCACUGAAUUAUGACAGCUUCACAUUUCUAUACAUCUUCUAGAUGUUGCCUCAUCAGUAAACAGUAAAACACCUUCUGAAGCUAAGCUGUACCAAGUUUGUGGAUUUGUAACUUUCUAGAGAAGAUUACCAUAGCAAAGAGGACCUCUAAUGGUCCCUGAUAAAAACAGUCAAAUCUGAGAAAAGUUGAAAUCUCAGCAUGACUUAUCAGAUGCUCUGGAUUUACUCAAUUUGGAAUAUAGGUUGGUUAGCAGCAUGAUUUGAUUUGGCUGAAAUGCUACCGAGAAUUCACUGAGUAGUGCUUCUUUGUUGCUUAAUUUUAUGUACGAUGAUGUGAUGAUCUUGGCCUUGCUUAAUCUGGACAGAGUUGAUCGCUAGUGUUUCUCCAGACUGCAUAGUGCUGCCCUGCUGCUUAAUUUAGUCUUGCUUUAUGCUUAUAGAAUGAUAUUUAGAUGUGUAUGAUGAUGUGAUAAUCUUGGUCUUGCUUAAUCUGGACAGUAUUGAUCGCUAGUGUUUCUACUGCAAUUGAUAUGCUUAUCAAAGCAGUAGGAAGAGCUAACUCUUGUAAGUGUACUACAUGGCCUGUCUCAAGGACUUUCAAAUGAUUGCAAGUAGACACUAUCUAGCAGCUGGUACAUUUCCAGUUUAGGAAUGAUGCAUUGUUUUAGUAUAUGCACUUUAAUUACUCAGUUCACUCAAAUUUGGCUUUAACAUCUGGUUAUACCUCAUGUUUACUGUCAUGAAAACAUGAUGCAUCAGAUUCAACAAGCAUUGCUUUGUGUAACUGUUUUUUUAGUCAUAUUACUAAAAGAAUGACAAGCUCUGGACAAUUUGGUGGAGCAUUUUAGUCUUCUUUGAGGGUCUUAACCUAUCAUCAUUUUUUUCCCCUAUAAGUGGCAAUCUCAUGAUCUCGUAUGCUGAAGUAAAUCUUAUUUAUCUACCACUCGUGCUCAGAUUUAGAUUAACUUUGGCUAGAAUUUUAUAUUUCCUUUUCUUCACUGAAAUACUGAGGCAAAUGAAUAAUCAAUUUCAUAUUUUGCCCUCUACUUCAAGCUGUUUUUUUUAUUUUUUCGUGGCCUUACUGAUUUUUCUGUUGUAACAGUAUUUUUUAAGGCUAAAUAAUGUCUGCUUGUCAAGAUUCAGUUGUAUUUGGUCCUUUUGUUAAUAAAAUGAUGUUUUCUUUCCUAUUUGUCUGUUAUGUAAACUUUGUUUGUCAGUAUUACUUGCUAGAAGAUAUUGAACUUGUGAAGGGAUUCUAUGUACUCUACAAGUCUUGGUAGUUCCUUUGGAAGUUGCCUUGAUUAAGAAUACUUUUUACUGAUUGAUUCUGGACAUUCAUUCAUUGGUCAAGUUUCUGUUUGAUAGUUUUUUUACUCAUAAAUCUUCUCUUCAUUUUGUUAUGAAUGAAAAUUUCUCAUCUAAAAAAAUUCAACAGAUGCUAGCUGAGGAGAAUCCGAUCCAAAGCUCUGUUACGUCCUCAAACAGAGAAGUCCAAAUGAUACGUAAACAUCGGCUUAUGAAUAGAAUUCUCGUGGACAAUGAAAGCAGAAGAGUCAGAAUCUGACCAUGAGGGGAACGGAAAGACGAGAUGUAGCAAACCCUCUGCAUGUUUAUGACUCUGAUGAUCUCAGUGGCAGCAUGGACCAGCUUCAAGAUCUACAGAUAGUGUGGUGACAUCUAUCGAGGCAAUUUUUGUCAUUGGAUCAUCUUGAGUUGAAGAUUCUAUUUAUGUAAUCGAAAUGUUUUUUCAGGCCAUUAUGGUUGAUUCCACCUCAUGAUACAGCAGGGUCUCAUGAGACUGGAUGUUUGGUUAUGUUGAAGAAGGAUUUAACACAGAUGGAGGAGAUGAGGUUAUUUGCUCCAAAGAGGAUAAUGUUGUAUUUUCUUUUACACAUUAAUUUCUGAUGCUGGACUUUGGUUGCA